AUGGGUCGCUCCAAACGCAGCCUCACCAACCCUCUGCGCCGGGACUCGACCGUCGGUUCCGCGGCGCCUACCUCAUCCCACAACCGGUCCGCCUCGUCCGUCGCUGAGCGCGCUCCGCAGCUGCCUGAGAUUUACCUGGAGCCGCUCGACUUUACCGUGUUGCGGGAGAAGAGGGUAUCGCGGGCGUCGUCGGUCAGGACCAACCCCGAUGCCGCCGGCCCCGGCGGCCUCGACAUGUUUGACGUGCGCCUCUCGUACAAUGCCGCCCGCCGCAGCCUGAUUCGCGACAAGGACGAGGUGCCCGACUUUUCCGGGCUCGGCGAGGAGCACGUGCCGGCAGUGCCGCAGCUGCCGGUGGACCUCCGCACGAUGCACUCGUCCAAGAUGAAGGAGGUCCUGGGCAUGGAUCCCGGCGAGGAGACGGACGGGGGCCGCGACGGCUCGUACACGCCCGAGUCGGUGCUCAAGGUGGCAGGGGAGGAGGAGGAGGAGCCCGAGUACAUUCACGGUUGGCGGCUGGGUAGUGUCAUGCUGGCGAUUACGCUGGCGUGUUUCUUGUACUUGUUGGAUGUGUCUAUUCUAGUCACUGCUAUCCCCAAAAUUACGAGUGAUUUCCACUCGCUCAUGGAUAUUGGCUGGUAUGGUGCGACUUACAACCUGGCAAGUGCCGCUCUGCAACCACUGUCUGGAAAGUUCUACACCUAUUUCCACGCCAAGUGGACCUUUCUCGUCUUCUUCCUCGUCUUCGAGCUCGGCAACCUGGUCUGCGGCCUGGCCACGUCGUCCACCAUGAUCAUCAUCGGCCGCACCAUUGCCGGCGCCGGCGCGUCCGGCCUCACCAACGGCAGCUUCGCCAUCGUCACGGCCUGCGCGCCGAUGGAGAAGCGGCCGCAGCUCAUGGGCAUACUCAUCGGCGUCUGCCAGAUGGGCCUCGUCGCCGGCCCGCUCAUCGGCGGCGCCUUGACCGAGUUUACCAGCUGGCGGUGGUGCUUCUACAUCAACCUGCCCGUCGGCGCCGUCACCAUCGUCGCCUUCCUCGUCACAAACAUUCCCGACAAACGCAAGUACGUGCAGAGCCCGGGCAGGCUGACGCUCCAAAAGAUGGACAUGCUCGGCUUCGUGCUCUUUGCGCCCGCGGCCGUCAUGAUCCUGCUGGCGCUCGAGUUUGGCGGCAAUAAGUAUGCGUGGAGCUCGCCGACGAUUAUCGGCCUUUUUGUCGGCGGCGCCAUCGAGGUUGUGCUCUUCCUCUUGUGGGAGCGUCGCGCGGGUAUGACGGCCAUGAUCCCCCUGCCCAUCAUCGGCAAGCGAGAGGUGUGGACCGCCUGCGUAGCCAGCAUGUUCAUGUUUUCGACCAUGUUGGGUGCCGGAUACUACCUGCCCGUCUACUUCCAGACCGUCCGUGGCCUCUCGCCUCUUCGCAGCGGCAUCUCCAUGCUGCCCGCCAUCGUGACACAGCUUGUUGCCACUGUUGUUUGUGGCGGCCUGGUGCAGCGUGUCGGCUACUAUCUACCUUUUAUGAUUCUGAGUGCUGUCAUCAUCGCCGUUGCAAACGGCCUUAUCUCCACAUGGGGCCUUCACACUCAUACGCUGGUUUGGGCUGGCUUCCAAGUUCUCCUUGGUAUCGGUCGCGGUAUGGCAUUCCAGAUGCCCAUCAUUGCCAUCCAAGCACAUACACCCCCGGCGCUGGCUUCUGUCGCCACUGCCACAAUGGUCCUGUUCCAGACCUUCUUUGGCUCCGUCUUCCUGGCCAUCGUCAACACGCUCUUCAACACCAAGCUGAAGCAAGAGUUGACCACGCGCCUGCCUGAAAUCGGCGCCGACAAGAUUAUCAAUGCCGGUGCUGCCGACAUCGGGAGCGUUGUCCCUGCAGACAAAAUUGAUCAAGUUCUAGAAUCGUACUCUCUAGGUGUAAACGAGGUGUUUUACGCCAUCGCAGCAAUCUGCGUGUGCAUGUUCAUCUUUUCCUGGGGUACCGGCUGGACCGACAUUCGCAAGAAGCCGGAGAAAGAGAAGGGCGAUGUUUGA